AUGGAGCACAUGUCGCACGCAGCGAGCGCAGUUGGGCCCCCCGCCGAGAGAGGACCACCGGGGCAGCCGCCGCGGGAUACGGCGAUGGCCCGUCAUCUCGACGAGAAGGGGAGAGAGAUACGCGACUCGAUUAUGGAAGAAAUCGUCCCUUGGCAAUGCCACAUCCCAACGAGCAUAAAGAUAAAAGGCUUAAACCGGUGUGGUAUUGGAAGCAGUUUCACUAUACUAAGGCGCGCGUGGGAGGCAGUCUGCGCCGCGUCUAGGCGUAGCUAUCUGGCCGAGAGCCAGCGCCGUCGCCACCUAGCAUCACGACAAUAUCCGGCCGCUGUUUCCAGCGAUGACACGGCCGAUUAUGAAAAUCAGCCGUCCGCAGACACAGAGGGACGUAGCUGCGCCAAUCGACUAGCAAAUAUCGACUCUAUUGCUAACGGCGCAUUACCCAUUAUUAGACAGAGCGAGAGGUGC